AUGAGGGCUCUUCUACUUCAACAAGGAUGUGCGGCGGCACUGGAAGGAGAGGCAAAAUUACCAAAGGACAUGGUGGCUGAGAAGAAUGUGGAGAUUCUAACGAAGGCACAUAGUGCCAUUCUAUUGACCUUGACAGAUGAAGAACUGAGGGAGGCUACUGGAAGGGUAAAUUUUUUUGAAGCUUGCUUUAAGGUAAAGCAUCGCAAAGUGAAGUUCGGUACCGGUCAACACACAAGCAAGGAAAUCCUGGAGUAUGUUCACUCGGAUUUGUGGGGUCCUGCACCAGUGAAAUCUCAAGGAGGAUGCUCAUACUUUGUGAAGUUCAUUGAUGACUAUUCAAGGAAGGUUUGGUUGUACUUUCUGAAGACCAAAGAUGAGGUGUUUGGGAAGUUCAGGGAAUGGAAGACAAUGACUGGACAAGAUGAAACCCAAGAACAACCCAUGGGAUCUUCUUCCAGUGGUGCUGACGUUGGGAAAGAUGAUGUGUUUGAAUCUAUAGCAAAGAGAAGAUCGAAUAGGGUCAUUCGAAAACCUGAUAGAUAUGUGGGAUGUGUGAAUUCAAGUGAACUUGACUCCAUUGCUUUUGCUUUAGCAACUGGAGAAGAAAUUGACACUGAGGAUCCUCAAUAG